GACUGGGGAACCCGCGGGCACCUGCUGAUCCCAAACUCUCCGGGUCUUUCCUCCUCGGACUGGAGGCAGAGAUUUGAGGGUGGGUUGGAGGGCGGUUACACCCCUGCAUCCCAGGGCCAGGCGGCACAGCCUGUGGGGCGAUGGGGAACGUGCUGGCACCAGUGCUCGACUUGCACAGACCUCUGCGCCGGCAGGAGCCGCUUACCAACCCAGGCAGCUUCGAUGAGCUCCAUCGGAAAUGCAAAGAAGUCUUCCCCCAGCAGAUGGAAGGGGUGAAGCUGAUCCUCAACAAGAACCCGAACAACCAUUUCCAGCUCAGCCACACCGUUCACAUGAGCACAGUCGGCCAGUCCAGCUACCACUUCCACACCACCUACGUAGGAGACCGGCAGCUCAGCCCCACUGAGACUUUCCCCAUGCUUGUCGGGGACAUCGACAGCUGCGGGAGCCUCAAUGCUCAGGUGCUGCACCUGGUGGCGGAGCGGAUCCGCACCAAGGCCGUCUUCCAGACGCAACAGGCCCGGUUUGUGACGUGGCAGUUCGACGGGGAGCUCCGUGGCGAUGACUACACGGCCACACUGACGCUGAGCAACCCCGAUGUGCUCAGCCAAUCAGUCAUUGUGGUGGCGCACUUCCUGCAGAGCGUGACCUCGCGGCUGGUGCUGGGCGGGGAGAUGGUGUAUCACCGGCGCCCGGGCGAGGAGGGCGCCAUCGUCACCCUGGCAGGGAAGUACACGGCUCGCAAGUGGGUGGCGACGCUGAACAUUGGUUAUGGCGGGGCCCAUGCCAGCUACUACCACAGAGCCAACGAGCAGGUGCAGGUCGGGGUGGAGUUGGAGGCCAACACCCGACUGCAGGACACGACCUUCGCCUUCGGCUACCAGCUCAACCUGCCCCCGGCCAACGUGGUCUUCCGAGGCCUCCUGGACAGUAACUGGUGCGUGGGGGGCGUCCUGGAGAAGAAGCUGCUGCCUCUGCCCGUCACCCUGGCCCUGGGCGCCUUCAUCAACCACUGGAAGAACCGUUUCCACUGCGGCUUCAGCAUCAUCGUGGGCUGA